AAAUAGCCCCAUAGUCCCGCCGUUUUUCAGUAAAGUACAUAUCGUCGCAUUUCACGCGUAUCUGCAUCGCUUCGCUCAUCUGACUGUUUUCUCCUCCAGCCAACGAAACCCUACUUAGAUCGAGCAAGGCCAUGGAGCUUAAGCCCGGCAUGUCCGCUCUAGUCACCGGUGGUGCCUCCGGAAUUGGUAGGGCAAUCAGCUUGGCCCUUGCUCAGAAAGGCCUAUUCGUGACAGUUCUUGACUUUUCUGAAGAGAACGGUAAGGAUGCUGUUUUUUUAAUCGAGAAGGAGAAUGCCAGAUUCCAUCAGAACUUGAGGAUCCCUUCGUCUAUGUAUAUUAAGUGUGAUGUUACCAACUCGAGAGAUGUAGCUGCUGCUUUUGAAAAGCAUAUGAUGACAUACGGAAGUUUGGAUAUAUGUGUGAAUAAUGCUGGAAUUGCUAGUCGGGUUAUAUUUCAUCGGGACGAAACUGAUGGCAGCAGUACCUGGAGGCGUACUAUUAAUGUGAACUUGGUUGCAGUUAUUGAAUGUACUCGUCUUGCGAUCCUAAAUAUGCGGUCUGCUAAGCGGCCUGGAGUUGUAAUAAAUAUUGGUUCUGCUUCUGGCCUUUAUCCAAUGUACGGUGAUCCUAUCUACUCUGGUUCAAAAGGUGGUGUGGUUUUAUUUUCUAGAUCACUUGCUCCAUUGAAGCGAGAAGGGAUUCGAGUGAAUGUGCUUUGUCCAGAGUUUGUGCAAACGGAUCUGGCAUCAAUGGUGGAUGGGAGAUACAUUAAUGCAGUUGGUGGUUUUGUAUCUAUGGACAUGGUUGUGAAUGGUGCAUUGGAGCUUAUUACAGAUGAAAGUAAAGCUGGUGCUUGUCUAUGGAUUACAAAACGUCGAGGAUUGGAGUACUGGCCAACAGCUGCGGAAGAAAAAAAGUAUAUGAUACGAUCAUUGAAAUCGAAAAAGAGCUUCACAUAUAUUCCUCACAAAAUUCAAGUUCCUGAUACUUUUGAAAAAGUUGUUGUUCAUACUCUUAGUCACAAUUUCCGGUCAGCCACUAAAAUUGUGCGCACACAAUUGAGUUUACCAAUUAAAUCACAGCACGCUCUUGUUAAAAUCAUCUAUGCUGGAGUAAACGCAAGCGAUGUAAACUACAGCUCUGGACGCUAUUUUAGUGGUAAUACAAAGGAAGUUGCUAAACGCCUUCCCUUUGAUGCUGGUUUUGAGGUAGUGAAAUUUGUGUAAUAUGUUGCUAACCUUGUUUCAUACUUUAUUUAGAAUUCUAUUAAAGUUUUGCCACCGUUCUCUUUUUUUUUUCCUCAGGUUCCAGCAAAGCACCUUCUUCCUGUUCCCAGGCCAGAUGCAGAAGUUGUGAGCAUGCUCACAUCUGGUUUGACAGCUUCAAUUGCUUUAGAAAAGGCUGGAAAGCUAUCGUCAGGAGAAGUAGUUCUGGUUACUGCAGCUGCUGGAGGCACUGGACAAUUUGCGGUUCAGCUGGCAAAACUAGCUAAAAAUAAGGUUGUUGCAACUUGUGGUGGUGAAAGCAAAGCUGAACUUUUGAGAUCUCUUGGAGCUGAUCGUGUCAUAGAUUACAAAAAGGAAAAUAUAAAAGAUGUACUGAAAAAUGAAUUUCCGAAGGGUGUUGAUAUUAUCUAUGAAUCUGUUGGAGGAGAUAUGUUUAAUCUAUGCUUAAAUGCAUUAGCAGUCUAUGGUAGACUGGUUGUAAUCGGAAUGGUUUCUCAGUAUCAAGGAGAGCAUGGAUGGAGGCCCCUGAGUUAUACUGGUCUAUGCGAAAAAAUUCUAGCAAAAAGCCAAACAGUGGCUGGAUUUUUUCUAAAUCACUAUAGUCGCUUCUGGAAUGAGCAUAUAAAUAGACUGUUUGAUCUUUACUCUUCUGGAAAACUCAAGGUUGCUGUGGAUCCAAGGAAGUUCUUGGGCCUUGCUGCCGUAGCCGAUGCAGUUGAACAUCUCCAUUCUGGUCAGAGUCUUGGCAAGGUGGUGGUAUGCAUGGACCCAGCAUUUGCUCAGCAAGCUGCUCGAUUAUGACCGUCUAUUAUUAUGGUUGUGGAAACGAAGAUACAUAUUAUUGUCAUUUUUCAAAAGCUACUUCAACUCGUUGAGCCGACGGCUUCCAGUGAUUUAUCAAUAUCGUUGAUAUAGUUAAUGGUACGAGGCCACCAGAUGAAUAAAAUUCAUUCAGGUAGUUACAUAAAUACUUCGAACUCGUAUCAAGAAAUUGACAUGUCCUGAAUGCACAAAUUAAGGCUUCGUUUGUGACAGUUUUCGUAAUUGUAAGUUUAUAUAAUUUUGUGCCACAUAUCUGGUUGGGAAUUUAAAACCUCGUCUUCCUUUGCAGGCAAUAGCGAUUUCUGCACUGCCGAUGCUGCAAUACCGUCAUAAAAAAUAAUAUUAUUAAUAAACAGCAAGUAAUUAAUAAAAUCCACUGAUAUGGUAACA